GUUCUGCGCCUGCGCACCACGCCUGCGCUCUGCAAACGCGGUGGUGGCUGUACCUCUGAGGUAAGGUGUCCCCUUCGCUGAUGGGCUGGCUCUGCUCCAGCGGUAUAGCUCCAUGAAUAACUUAAACGACCCUCCAAAUUGGAACAUCCGGCCCAAUUCCAGGGCUGAUGGGGGUGAUGGAAGCAAGUGGAAUUAUGCCCUGUUGGUGCCAAUGCUGGGAUUGGCAGCAUUUCGUUGGAUUUGGUCUAGGGAAUCCCAAAAAGAAAUAGAAAAAGCAAGAGAAGCGUAUCAUCAGAGAACAACUGCUUUCCAACGGGAUCUUGAAGCUAAAUACCAUGCUGUGAUCUCAGAACAUCGGCGAGCUGUUGCCCAGCUGUCUUUGGAAUUGGAAAAGGAGCAAAAUAGAACAACUAGUUUUCGAGAAGCCCUUAUCUCUCAGGGGCGUAAGUUGGCAGAAGAAAGGAAGCUUCUUGAACAGGAACGAGCUCAGGUAAUGCAAGAAAAAAGCCAGCUGCAGCCUCUGAGAAGUAUGUAUCUGAGGUGCCUGGAAGAAGAGGGCAACUGGCAGAGGAGAGCCCAGCUCGUGCUGAAGGAGGUGGCAGAAGCUCUCGUGGAACGCCAAAAUAUCUACUGCAGCCUGAUCCUCCCCCGUAGUACAAGGCUAGACCUGGAGAAGAACUUACUGGUGCGCUCGUCUGUUGAUCCUGUGGCUGCUGACCUAGACAUGGCAGCUGGCUUAUCUGACAUAUUUAAGCACGAUAAGCAUUGUGGAGAUGUCUGGAACACCAACAAGCGCCAAAAUGGGAGGCUCAUGUGGGUGUAUCUCAAAUAUUGGGAACUACUUGUUGAACUUAAAAAGUUUAAGAAAGUAGAGAAAGUCAUACUAGAAAAAUAAGAGGGACUGGAGAAAUGGCUCAGUGGUUAAGAGCACUUACUGCUCUUCCA